AUGUUACGAGAUUGGGAUAUUAAUGACUGUAUAGUGCCGGUUGUUAGUGAAUCUGAGUUAAAUGAUUAUCAAGAGUGGGCUGAUGGUCAUUGCCGUUUUAUUUAUAAUCCAAAUAGUGAAGAUGCAAAGAAACAUGCAUCAGGAUGGGCGAUGAGAAACACAAAUAAUCACAACGUGAAAAUCUUAAAGAAAAGUUGUCUUGGUGUUUUGACACUUCAAGGCAGCAAUGUGAACUUUGUCGAAAAUCAACAAAAUUACCAGCAGAAUGAUCCAACGGCCAACCAGCAGCAAUAUGUCAUAGAAUAUCAUCGAAGCAACUAUCAAGAACAGUAUUCACCAAAUCAAAGUAUUUCACCGAAUUUCUGUUCAAAUGAAUUCAUUAAUCCCGAAGAAAUCUUCCAACUUGAUCAGCCCAUCAAACAAUAUUCCAAUCAUCUCGAUCAAACUUACUCAAAGUCACCAUCAACGGUCCUUGACUUAGAUCGAAAUUAUUUGGUGAAAAAUGAAAUUUCCGCUUUUAAUUUCCCCGACGGAUAUGAACGAGAUGAAACGAUGAGUCUGACGAGUGCUUCAAGUGCCAGCUUAUUUGAUGAUGGUUAUCAUUAUGUUGACAACAAUUACAGUCAAUCAAACUAUGUCUCUCAAGAGUAUAACAACAACGACUAUUAUGGAAAGUCUUUCUAUGUUGAUGAAGCAGUGACUUAUGAAACUCAAGCGAUUGACAGUUCAGCUGUUGGUCAAAUGAAUUAUAUGAAAUGUGAAUUCGCAAACAAUCAUCCGAUCAUUCAACAGCAACAAAACUACAUGAUCGAUUUCAGGAAUGAACCAACAAAUUAUGGAAAUUAUGACGAAAACACCUCAGCAUCAGCCUAUCAAAUUCAAUUUACGUUUGGGAAAGCUUUUCAAUUGUUUCAUAAUUCACAGUGUGAAGUCGUCAGAUUGGAUCAUCAGAAACCAAACCAACAAAAAGAAUCGUUCAUCAUAAGUGGGCAUUGUUAUGAGACUUGA